UGUGUAGAAAAAAUGUGUUCGGUUCGCUGCCAUCCACUAUUCCGACAGCAUUUGUCCUAGACAAGCGUCCGCCUCAACCACUGGCAUGUGUAGCGUGUAGUCUAUUUAUUUAUCUAUUUAUUUAAAUUAUUUAUACGCACGUCGUUUUAUUUAUUGAAAAAAAUCCGUGCUCUGAUCCGUGAUCGAUAUUUAUUUUCGGGUGCAGAUAGCAGCGUGCAAUCAAUUCCAACUCCAACAAUCUGAAGUCAAACGUGACCCCCAGGGAUUAAUGCUUUAGUUAGUGUGCAAAGCGUGUGUGUGUGUAUGUGCUCUGUGACCGUUGCUUAAGUGACUUUCCCCGAAACUGCACCUAAUUCCUGAUCCAUUUUUCAAACCAUCCAUCCCACACUCGCGGGAACGUGUCGAUCGUGAAAGCCAUUAAGGUGAGAAAGCCGAGUGAGCAAACAAAUCCGUUCCGAUAAAAAGGGCAAAAGAUUCCCUCCCGAAUAACAAAAAAACAAGUGAAAAAAUGUGUUUGCGUUAAAUGGAAGUUGGAAUCGUGUGGACCAGACUCGGCAAAAGCGGGAUAAAUCAUUUCAACGGCCAAUUAAUUGCCUUCUGGUUGCCGGUAGACGGAAGCCGAAGCUACCGGCAGCAGCAGCAGCAGCUUCUUAGCAAACUUUGACCGCCCCGAAAAGCCCGUGCGGGGUGCGUGACACAAGACAGUGUAAGAGUUCGUGCGCCAAAGAUAAUGAAGCGGUAAAAAUGGAUCAAUCAAAGGAAAAGCUACUGAACGAAUCGAUCCUUUCGGAUGCUUCGAGCUGCGACAGGAUGAUGGAUGGAUUCGUAAGAAUUCCAGCCACCGAUGAUGAUGGAGCGGCACAGGAAGCGCACGACACCGUUGAUAAUGCUUGUGGUGGCUUGAUGAACAUGUCGUACGUUGCAUCGAAUCCGGAUAACCCCGAGUAUGCCACCAUCUUCAAACCUGAUCAGAUGGUACCGGAUUUCAUUCUCGGUCUACCGCACCACUGCUCGACACCGAAGAAAAACGGUCGGCCCGUGUCGAUGUACGAACCGUGGACACGGUCGGAACCGUUUCGGUCGCUUCCGGCGGAAGUGCAGCGCAGGACGGCGAAGCUAAUCGACAUUGAGUUUGACACCGGAGCGGCAGCCGUCUCAGCCGCUGCAUCGCGAUCCUGCUGGGAAGCGGAGGAUGCGGACGAGUUUAUCACCACGCUGGACGAGUCCGCCAUUUUGGACAUUGAAUCGUACGAGGAUAUUAAUCACAUCUACAGCCAACCCGGUGUUGGGGUCAAUCACAACAAUAACAAUAUGGUUAACAAUAAUAACAAUCAUCAAAAGUUGAUUGUGGCGGCGGACGUUCAUCAGCAGCAGCAGCAGCAGCCACAGUACCGGCCAUUGCAGCACGUGUUCGAGUAUCCGGCACACGAGCGUGCGACCGAGCAGAAGUAUGAAGAGAUCGAAAUUUAUGCGACGGUUAAGAAAAAGCCUCGCGAGCGAACGCCUCAGUCCGCGAUCGAUCGGUCGAUCGCGAUAGACGCGCAGGCGCUACUGCUCGCAUCGGGCGGAGCACCGGUGGAGAAGUUUCCCAAAAUUAUGACCACCUCGUGUUAUGGGGAGCUGCACAGUUAUGUUGGUGCGUCGACCGUUUCCGGCGGGUGGAACGAGCCGGGUGCGAUUGUGAAGAGCAACGAGAAUCUGCUCGACUCGGGCAAGGCUCUGUCGAUGAACAGUUCGUUCGUCGAUGAGUCGGGCAAUAGCUCCUUCUACGAGCCCAACUCGAUGAACUCGUCGUUCGAUUUUGCACGGUACGCGGGGAACGAGAAGACGCGGGUGCGCUGGUGGGACGACUUUACGGAGGAAACGGAAGCCGAGCUGCAGGAUAUCGCCGAGAAAGAUUUGGCGGCGAUCCGUAAGAUACUGGAAAACGAAACCGGAGGCGCCCUCUGUCCGAGCUGCCAGAUGCCGUUCGAUAAGGGCAAGAAAAGGAAGCUGAUCGACGCCUGCGGUCACGAACGGUGCUACUCGUGCAUGUUCCGGAACGAGGCCUGCCCGCACUGUCUGGCACAGAAGGAAGCGGCCCAGCAACCGAACCACCAUCCGGCAGCCCGCUUGCAGACGGAUAUGGACAACGAUAUACUCUCGUCGAAUGGUGCGAUCUACCAACCGCUCAGCCGCAAGAUGCACGGAUACGGCAGCAGCAACCAUCUGAUGUCACCGUUGGGAUCGCCGCAGCCCCAGAACCGUUCCCAGCUGCGAACGAACGGUCACUUUUCGUCGAUCUAUCAGACACCCUCCGACGUACUCGGUUCAGCGGAGCGCUAUAAGCUGAAGGAUCGCCCGCCAAAGUGUCCUCCGGGCGGUAAAACGGAAUCACACUACGCCAGCAUCACCAGCAGCACGGCCGGGACGGGACAGCAACCGUCCAGCUACGGUCUGAUGAAACCACUGCAGCAUCGUUCCGCACUGAACAGCAGCAGCGAAAUUACGUCCAGCACUUGUGCGACACCACCGCAAAACCGUCGACGGCUCUUCAGUCCCAAGAAUCUGCGCAGCCCGUUCGGCUACCGGCGCAGCAACGGAAAAGCGGACAACUCCACACUGUCAGGGCUCGCCUCACUGCUCAAUCCGGCCACCUUUCAUCGGGCAACGACGGCGGCCGCUAGCAAAAUUAGUCGCUCGAUGGCAUCCCGUACGGCUGCCACCGGACCGCGAGCUGCUGACGGGACCGCGGGAGAUGGUGGCGGUGGGUUCAAUCUGUUGGCCUCCCAUGGGCCGCCGAACGGGAUUAGCAAGCGCCAGCGGAACGCUAAUGAUGGCCAUAAAUUUCACCGACUCAGUCUCGGUUCGUCCGCGUCCGCGGUUUUCGGCAAAAUUAAAUCGCUCUGGUCGGCCCAGGCGACGACGCUCAGCGCGGGAUUGAAUCAAUUAGCAGACGAUGAAGGUGGCAACGUAAAGCCGCUGGUAAUGAACGGCAAAUCAAAGUCCUCGCAGGACGAGCUCCAGGUGCGGCUCGGACUCUUUCUCGAGAACAACUCGCGCCGUACCAACCGGGGUGCGAACCAAUCGUGCAGCUCGCUAACGUCCGCCAACACUAGCCCCGUGUCGACGCUGACCGGUUCGUCCGAGGCCGAUGUGUCCCGGGUGCUGCAGCUACAGGAACCAAACCCCUACCAUACCGGUUGCGAAUCGAUCGGUUCCAUGAUGUCGAUCUCCGAGCAGAGUAAUGCUUCAUCGAGCCCCGUCAGCCGGCGCCAUUCGGUGACCACUUCACAGAGUGGAAGUAACGUGGACGAGCUGUUGGCGUUCAAGAGUCGCCGGACGACGGUGCGUCGAUCGGCACGGUCGGGCCAGAUCAAGGGACCGAUAGAUCCCAAGAUCCGCUUCGCCCAGUACCGACAGCAGCAGCAACAGCAACAGCUAACCCUGAAGCCACUCUUCUUCGAAGUUCCAACGCACGAACCGAAUCCCCUGUUCAUUGGACGCCAUUGGCUGGUGCGUGAACUGUCCACCGCUAUCCAGUCGACAGAUUCACCCGGUGUGUUGCUGAGCGGAAAUCUUGGCACCGGCAAGACAGCGCUCCUUCUCCAGCUCGUCGAGUAUUCCUGCUUCGGACGGCGCAAAGAACUUCCGAUCCAGGAGAACGAUGGCAUUUACUGUCAAAUCAAUCUGGCACACGAUCGUCUCCGUAGCUUAGCCUCGCACGUGGUGGCGUACCACUUCUGCCAGGCUGACAAUAACUCCACCUGCCUCAUACCGGACUUUGUGCAUUCGCUCGCCGCUCAGCUGUGUCAAGCGCCCCAGCUAGCCGCCUACCACGAGUUUCUGCUCGGAGAGCACGCCCUCCAGCACGCCCUGAGCGUCAAGGAAUGUAUCGCCAACCCGGAACGAGCGAUGACGAUGGGUAUACUGGAACCGCUGGCAGCACUGCGCCGAACGGGCAAGAUCCCGGCGAAAAACUGCGUCAUCCUGGUGGAUGCGCUGUGCGAGGCGGAGUACCAUCGUCCGGAUCAUGGCGAUACGGUUGCUUCGUUUCUGCAGCGCAUGAGCGAACAUUUCCCGCCCUGGCUGAAGGUGAUCGCCACCAUCCGCACGCAGAUGCUCGAGUUCUGCAAAGGUUUGCCAUACACGAAGAUGAGCCUGGACAACUGGGCGACGAACGAGAUGCUGCAGAAGGACAUCAUCGAGUACAUCACGUACCGCAUCAACCAGAGCCAGAGCAUCCAGCACAAUGUGGCCGGCGGGAAGGAGAUCGUAAACACCAGCGCACACUUCAAGUUUGCCCAGCAUCUGCUCGCCCUGUCCAAGGGAUCGUUCCUGUUCGCGAAACUGACGCUCGAUCUGAUCGAGCGUGGAAGCCUGGUGAUCAAGUCGAGCAGCUUCAAGGUGCUCCCCGUUUCGUUGGCACAGAUCUUCCUGCUAAACUUCAACCUACGCUUCCCGACCACAACCGCGUACGAUCGCAUCUCGAACAUUUUGGCCGUCUGUCUGGCCGCUCUCUAUCCGCUCACGCUGACCGAGAUCUUCUACUCGCUGAACGCACUCAUUGCGAGCGAAUCGAGGGCCGAUACGGAAUCGUCGGAAACGGAGGGCAUGAUCGAUUGGGAUGAGUUCCUGUGUCGGUUUAAAACGCUUACCGGGUUUCUGGUGAAGCGGCUGGACGACACGUACAUGUUCUUCCAUCCAUCCUUCAGGGAGUGGUUGAUAAGACGGGAGGAUGGCGAAAGUACCAAGUUCCUGUGUGACUUACGGAAUGGACAUGCCGGCAUUGCGUUGCGCUUAUCCCGCCUUCAGGCACCGCUCGAUCCGGAGCAAGCGCUCGAGCUGGGUCAUCACAUACUGAAGGCACAUCUGUACCGGAAUGCUCCGUCACAUCAAUCGCCCCGUGAUCUACAGGCGUACUGGGUUGCGUCCGUCACGGGAUGCGUUUCUUCCGCGCUUACAACGUUGCGGAACGUGUACAGUCCGAAUGUGAAAGUAUCGCGACUGUUGCUACUUGCUGGUGCGUCUCCCGAUCAUGUAACACCGUUCCUUGGGAGUGCUCCAAUUCUGUGCAUUGCGUCGCAUGAAGGAAUUCUGCCGAUGGUUAACCUUCUGCUCGAAUUCGGCACCAGUGUGGAGCAGACGAACAGUCAGGGAUGUACACCGCUGAUCCUAGCUUCCGCUCGUGGACACUGUGAUGUGGUACGGCAGCUGGUAGCAGCUGGAGCAUUCCUCGGCCAGACGGACACAUCACAAAGGUGCGCACUGGUACACGCGGCCAUUGCUGGACGGCUGCAGGUGGUGAAGUAUCUCGUCGCCUGUGACUGGAUUCCACGCCCGGUAAGCAACGAUGUGACGCUGGAACAAGCGGCCCAACAAGCACUGACGGCAGCGGCCGGCCAGGGUAACACGGACAUUGUGGAGGAUCUGCUCGACAUGGGAGAGGUGCAGGUGAACCGGUUGGAUGUAAUAACGGGCGAAACAGCACUCACGACCGCCUGUGCCAAUGGCCAUACGGACACGAUCGCAACGCUGCUGAAUCGAGGCGCAUCGCCCGAGGUACGCAAUCGAAAGGAGAUGGCACCACUGCUGAUCGCGGUGAAGGAAGGUCAUUGGGCGAUCGUUGAACGAUUGCUGCAGCAUCCGGCCGACUGUGAGCAGACGGAAACGAACAGCAAAACGGCACUGAUGAUUGCGGCUGAGGAGGGUCACGUAGGAAUCAUUGAGCUGCUGCUUAGUCGUGGUGCUUCACUAACCGCACAGGACAAGGACGGCUUGACCGCACUAAGCUGGGCUUGCUUAAGAGGCAAACAGCAGGCGGCCAAGUGUCUCCUGGAGCGUGGAGCCGAUAAGCAGCAUGCCGACGGUACUGGCCGCACUCCGCUAGAUCUGGCCGCUUACCAAGGUUCGGCUUCCCUCGUACAGAUGCUACUCGACCACGGAGCACAGAUUGAGCACGUUGACAUUAAUGGGAUGCGUCCGCUGGAUCGUGCCAUCGCCUGCCGUAACGUACAGGUUGUCCAGGUGUUUCUGAAGCGUGGCGCUAAGCUCGGUCCCGCUACUUGGGCCAUGGCAAACGGGAAGCCCGAAAUAAUGUUGAUACUGCUAAACAAGCUGCUGGAGGAUGGCAACACACUGUACAGGAAGAAUCGCUUGCAGGAAGCAUCCCAUCGGUAUCAGUACGCGCUGAAAAAGAUCCCAACCGCACCAGGGCCGGGUGGAAGUGAUGCCAACGGUAAUGGAGGCUGUACGAUGGUUACCGAUCCACUGACCGGAAGCUCGGUCCCGGACAGCAACAACAACAGCCACAGCAACAAUAACGUGGCCACGUUCCAACAGUUGCGGUUUAAUUUCUUGCUCAAUCUGUCUCGCUGCAAGCGAAAAAUGAACGAUGUUGCAGAAGCGAUCGAGCUGGCGCGGCAGGCGAUCGAGAUUAAACCGAACGCGUACGAUGGAUACUACGCCCGGUCGAAGGCACUGAUGGAGCAGGGCAACUAUAGCGACGCCCUCAGGGAUGCAUCCGCUGCCCUGGCCCGGGCCCAACCGACGACGGCCGAAAUUCGCGAAACGCUCACACGCUUGCACGGUGACCUGCAGAAGCGUCAGAUGCAGGUGAUAGCUGACACGGCCAAAUCGGCCAUCGCCAGUGUUGGCCUGUCGACAGUGGGACCAGCCGCCCAACAGAUGGAUGGCGUCAGUACACGGUCCGGCUCGGUACACAGUGGUCGCUCGUUUGCCGAAUCCAUGGACAUUAUUACCGAUCUGUAAGACUUCCGUCCGACAGAUUGACCCCAUACCGGAUUGUUUGGUUUUGAUUUGUUCGCGUUACUUCCCAACACUGUAGAGCAUUGUUUAAUGGUAGAAAAAUAGGGCAAGGGUAUACGACGAACUGAGUGCUGGGCUUGAAAUGUUCUUCUAAAGAUAGGCAAGCAGUCAAAUCGUAAUCGAAUUCGAAAACUUUAAACUUUAGGCACAGAAGCGAAAAAAAUUGAAACGAAAUUUUGUUAGGCAACGACAACGAUCGCGGAAAAUUUGGUGUAAACCUCCAAGAAUCUUUCUGCUAGUUUUAUUUAAUUUAUCAACAAAAACAUUUCCACUUUUACUUUCCUGCAAGCAAAGCGCCCAAUUACACAGCCCAUGGUCCAACCCGUCCGCAGUGUGGCGGUUGGUGACCACCAAAAAAUGGUGCUGAAUUCCUUACGUUGUUGAGUAACACAACACAUUUUAUGUAAUGUUUGUUUAUAAAUGCUUUCCUUUUACGUACGGUUAGUUUACAGCAUGCCACAGGAUGACCAGGCCAAGACAGGGACUGGUGACGAAUAGCGUCACCCGUUCUGUACAUGUAUUUAUAUGUUUAAUUUAAAAUUGAAAUUUAGAUGCUUAGAUGAGCACCUGCUCGACGCGACGUCCAUCGGGCGGAGCGUACCAGGCACACCAAAACGAUCUUUCAGCACACAACGACAAUGUUUCCCGUUGACGGGCAAAACGAUACGGAGCGUGGUAAACGGAAAGGAAGAAGCGAUCCAAGCGUUUGUUACUUAUCUAUGUACACGAUUAAAUUAUGCUUUACUUGGUAGGGAUUUCGAUGCAGUUAGGAGGAGUCAUACAGGAACAUAAUAGCCGACCGUAGGCAGUCUUAGGCAUGCUUUCGCUCUUCUAGAAGGCAAAAGCGAGACGUAUCUUAAUUAUUUAUAGUUACGGUAUAGAGUCAUUGAACGCGCUAGGCUUUGUAUACAGGACAGCUCAAAGUGAAACAGAUAGGCAAGCUUAUAGGAGUGGAAAGCAGCAGCCCAAGCUAAAUUUGUAACUGAUAAGACAAUAGUGUGUAGUGUGUAAGAAAAUAAUAAGCAUUGAUGCAAUAAAUUUUCACAAUUUUAGUAAACA